AUGGGGAUCCAGGGGCUGUUGCAGUUCAUUAAAGACGCGUCAGAGCCCAUAAAUGUGAGAAAAUACAAAGGGCAGACAGUAGCUGUGGACACCUACUGCUGGCUUCAUAAAGGCGCCUUCUCCUGUGCGGAAAAGCUGGCAAAGGGAGAACCAACUGAUCAAUAUGUGUCAUUCUGCAUGAAGUUUGUGGACAUGCUCCUCUCCUUUGGCAUCAAGCCAAUCUUGGUGUUCGAUGGCUGCAAUUUGCCGUCGAAGAACGAAGUGGAGAAGGCGCGUAGAGAGCGUCGUCAGGCCAACCUGCAGAAGGGGAAGCAGCUCCUGCGGGAGGGGAAGGUCGCGGAGGCGCGGGACUGCUUCACCCGCUGCGUCAACAUCACCCCCGCCAUGGCCCGCGACGUCAUCAAGGCUGCCAGGACCCGCGGUGUGGACUGCGUGGUGGCCCCGUAUGAGGCCGAUGCCCAAUUGGCCUUCCUGAACAAGGCUGGAAUCGCCCAGGCCAUCAUCACGGAGGACUCUGACCUGCUGGCAUUUGGCUGCAAAAAGGUGAUUCUGAAGAUGGACAAGCUGGGGAAUGGGCUGGAGAUCGACCAGAGCAACCUGGGCCGCUGUCGGCCGCUGGGCGACGUCUUCACUGAGGAGAAGUUCCGCUACAUGUGCAUCCUAUCGGGCUGCGACUACUUGCCCUCCCUCUAUGGGAUUGGGCUGGGCAAGGCCUGCAAACUGCUGCGGGUGGCCAGCAACCCGGACAUCCUGAAGGUUAUCAGAAAGAUGGGCCAGUACCUGAAGAUGAAUGUGACUGUGCCAGACGAGUACAUCGAAGGCUUUGUGAAGGCCAACAACACCUUCCUCUACCAGCUGGUCUUUGAUCCCAUCAACAGGAAGGUGGUGCCGCUCAACGCUUACCCAGACGACAUUGACCCGUCUUCUCUCAGCUACGCCGGCCACAACCUAGGUGAUGAGAAGGGCCUCCAGAUGGCUCUGGGGAACUUGGACAUCAACACAAUGACCAAGGUUGACAACUACAACCCAGACACAGCACAGCCCGCCAAACCCCGCAGCCGCAGCUGGAACGACCGCCAAGAGAAGCGCUCUCCCCUGGAGACCAGCAUCUGGAGCAAGGGUUAUGCCCCCGGCGGAGUCCCUCCCUCCCGGCCCCCCGUCGCCGCCUCCCCACAGAAGCCGUCCCCCACGAGGAGGGACAGGGUGGUCAGCGUCCAGGGCCCGCGGCUCCCGCAUAAGGAACCUCAGGCCAAGAGGCCCAGGGAAGAAUCGGGCAUCUCUGAGGAGGACAUGCUACUGCAGUACUCAUCCUCUGAUGUCAAGAAGCAGAGGAAGGAGGAGAGCCGACCGCCCGCGUGCGACCGGGUUCCCGCAGGCGCAAGGCCCGGCGUCCCCGCCGGCCAGCCCAGGCCGCGCAACAGGUUUGCCACCCUGCUGCAGAGGCGGAACCAGGACGAUGAGUCCGGCGACGAGCAGUGCACCCGCAGCAGGUUCUUCUGCAGCGUCAGCUCUGACAAGAUGGAAAUCCCCCAGCAGGAGGCACCGGAGUCAAAGGCACCUGAGGCUCCAGCCUCUGACAGCCCUGUUCAGUCCGGUGAGAGGCCUGGCGCAGAGCAGGGCGCGGUGGCCAAGAUGGAGGACGAGGAGACCCAAGCCCCCGGCGAGAGCACUCCCAGUCCCCCGUCCUCUCAGUCCCCCCAGCCCCCCAGCCGGGGGAGGGGCGUCUUCGGCUGGCCCGGCAGCUGUCCCGAGAGGCCCCGGCCUCCGUCCUGUCCAUCGGGGCUCUCUGCGCUGCAGCGGUUCCAGCGCAAGAAAGACGGCUUCUCCUGGAGCGGCCCACGGCAGGCAUCCCCCCCUCGAGGCGCGACGCCUCCGCCUGAGGAGAAGGAGACCCCCCCGGACUCGCCCCCUUCUCAGGACAGCGCUUACUUCUCCCAGCCCGUCCACCCAGACUCGGCGACAGAGGAGUCCCCAUCACCCAAGCGCCACAGAGGCUCGCCAGCCGAACUCUCCACAAGUCAGGAAUCAGACUCCAGUGAAAGCUCACCUGUUGUGGAGAAAAAACCAACAGCUAUUAAAGCAAAGGUGGCAGGCCUGCCGCGGGUCUGUUCCAGUGACCUGGGCAAGGGCGGCAAGAUUCGGCCCUCCGCCCCUGCCAAAGCCAGCGGGCUCCGCAAGAAACCCGCAGGGCCUGGGAAGAAAUCUCCCGCCAACAACGAGAACACGCCGGGCCUCCAGGCCACCAUCAGCAGCCUGUGGAAAAACUUUGGUUUCAAAACAGAAAGACCCAGAAUGAAUCCAGGCAAGAAGGGGGAUCCCAUGUCACCAGUGGAGGAUAAUGUGCCAGCACUGACCCCCGAAUCUGACAAGGACAUCUACUUCAUGGCUGAGAGUAGCUCCUUUCAGAAAACCAUUUGCCUCUGA